CACCCCAGCCCUGUAGGUGGCGGGACUGUACCUACAGCUGGUCUGCCAACCGCCAUUAGACUGAGAGAAAUAGUUGCUUUAAACAGUCUCGUGCAUCAAGCAGUGUGUGGAUUAAUGUACUCUUAAUUCAUUUAGUUCAUCAGCAUCAGCAUCAUGACACAAACAGACAGAGACGCGGAGAACGGAAGAGACAGAGAGAAAGAGCAGCGCGGAGUGAAGAGACCCGUGGUGCCCGCUGCUGUACCAGAGCCAUUACAGGAGCAAAUUCAAGCCAACUUCAUUGUCGUGAUUCAUCCCGGAUCAAAAUCUCUGCGGAUGGGCCGGGCUACAGACACCCUCCCCAUAACCGUUCCUCAGGUCAUCGCCCACAGACACAAACAGCCCGGUCAGCGCCGCUACGAGGACCAGUGCCUCUUACGAGAAGGACUGAAUGCAACAGACAGCAAUGAACAGAGACAAAAUGGGCUAAAAAUGGUCGACCAGGUGAUCUGGUCCAAGAAAAUGUCCAACGGUGUGAGAAGAACCCCAGUAAGGCAGCACGUGAAGGAAGUUGUCAACAUGCUGCUGGUUAAAAUGGGCUUCUCAGCUGUGGUGGUGCAUCAGGAGUCGGUGUGUGUGACCUUUGGCAGCGGUCUGAGCAGUGCGUGUGUGGUGGAUGUUGGCGACCAGAAGACCAGCGUGUGCUGCGUCGAGGACGGCGUGUCCCACCGCAGCUCCAGGUUGUGUCUUGCGUACGGAGGCUCGGAUGUGACGCGGUGUUUUUUCUGGCUCAUGCAGAGAGCUGGAUUUCCCUAUAGAGAAUGUCAACUCAGCAGCAAACUGGACUGUAUGUUACUGCAGCAGCUCAAAGAGUCCUUCUGCCAUCUGGAUCAGGAUAUUUCUGGGCUGCAAGAUCACGAGUUUCGCACACGUUUCCCUGAUUCCCCAGUGCUGCUGUAUCAGCUACGAUUAGGAGAUGAGAAACUCCAGGCUCCCAUGGCAUUAUUCUACCCUGCUGCGUUUGGGAUAGUGGGGCAGAAGAUGACAUCGCUGCUGCAUCGCUCUCAAGGAGACGCAGAGGAUCCACAUGAUGAGCACUUCCUCCUGACCACACAGAGCAAACAAGACCAGUCUUCUAAAGCCACAACAGACCGCAAAUUAUUCCCUAAGCCUGCUGGGUUUGAGGGGGAAUCCAACAUGUGCGACCCAUCGGAGAAGGGAAAUCUGACUCAGGAUUUGGAUUUGGGUCACGCUCAAGCCGAGUGCCUCGUUGGUGGGGCGGAUGCAGAAGAAACAUCGUCAGCUCUGUUGUCCAGGAAGACGGCCAUGACUCAGUUUGAGGGAAAAGCACUCGGCGUGGAUAAAGCCAUCUUACACAGCAUUGACUCCUGCGCCUCAGAUGAAACGAAGCGUAAGAUGUACAGCUGUAUUCUGGUAGUUGGUGGCGGGCUGCUGUUUCUCGGAGCACAAGAGUUUCUGCAGCAUCGCGUCCUCCAUAAGAUGCCUCCAUCUUUCCGUCGUCUGGUGGAGAACGUCGAUGUCAUCACACGACCAAAGGACAUGGAUCCUCGUGUGAUAGCGUGGAAGGGUGGAGCAGUGCUGGCGUGUUUGGACACCACUCAGGAGCUCUGGAUUCACCAGCGAGAGUGGCAGCGCUUCGGUGUGCGGAUGCUCCGUGAGCGGGCCGCCUUUGUCUGGUGAUCCCAGAUGACACGAGCCAUGCCUUCAUGGAUCUGAUCUGUUUCCUUCAUAUGUUUGGGGAUAUCAAUCUGGCAGUGUAAUGAUAUAAACAAUGUAAAGGUUGAACAAUCAUCUUGCAAGGAUGAUAAUAAUAACCAUAGUAGAUGUUUAUGAAUAAACAGUGGCAGUUUUUCAUCAAAAA